AGCCUCGGCUCAAGCGGAGCAGGCACAAAGAGCUAGUCAUCUGCUCUUCUGCGGAAUCCAGCACGGCGGAUAUGCGAACAUUCCCCAUGUCUUCCAGGACUUCGUGUUGCUGGCGAUCUCGGGGCGGGCGUCUGUUGCUGAACGGUCCAGGUUGACUUCAGCUCAUGGUGGGGUGGUUGCCGUCGCAGUGGACCACCGCCACCAGCAGCAGUCCUGGGCCCGCAGCCGUGAAGACUUGCUGCCGCUCGCAGACGAUAUCGCAACCCAGCGCAAUGUGCAGAACACUGGAUCACGUCCCACCUCGUUGCUGCAAGUCCAGAGUUUUUCUGGCCACACCUCCAUAUACGGAUUUGGUCGGCACUGGCGCAAUGUGACUGGUCUGAGGCCUCUGCAUGCAGAACCGGCAGCCAGCAGGGCGGCCGCGCAGGCCAUCGGGAAGGGAGGCCGCGAUACCGUGCUCGAGGCCAUGGGCGAGCUGAGGGCUAUGCUGCAAGACGCGGAUGCGGGGGUCCGCCGUGAGGCUACAGAUGCCAUCAGGGAGGGCGGCGGCCAGGCCGUGCUCCAGGCCUUAGGUGAGCUGAAGGUCAUGCUACGCGAUGUGAAUGCAACGGUCCGCAAGGCAGCUGCACACGCCAUUCAGAAAGGCGGCGGCCAGGCCGUGCUACAAGCCUUGGGCGAGCUGAAGGUUGCUCUACAAGAUGCGGAAAAGGAUGUCCGCGUGAAGGCCGCAGCGGCAAUCAAGGCGGGCGGCCCCAAGGCCGUGAUCCAGGUCAUAGGGGAGCUGGCAAUGCUGCUACAGGACGAGGAUGGAAUGGUCAGAAAGCAGGCCGCAUCUGCCAUCAGGAAGGGCGGCGGCGAGGCUGUGCUCCAGGUCAUGGGCAAGCUGAAGGCUCAUCUACAAGACGUGGAUGCGGGGGUCCGCGCGCGGGCCGCAAGGUGUAUCAGGGUGAUCGGCCGAAGCGCCGUGCUACAAGCCGUGGGCGAGCUGAAGACCAUGUUGUCAGACACGGAUGCCGACGUUCGCCAGACGGCCGCGAAGACCAUCGGGAAGGGCGGCAGCGAGGCCGUGCUACAAGUCGUGGGCGAGCUGAAGGCCUUGUUGCCAGACGCGGAUGUAGGGGUUCGUAGGAAUGCUGCAGGGGCCAUCGGGGAGGGCGGCAGCAAUGCCGUGCUCCAGGCCAUGGUCGAGCUGAGGUAUCAUCUGCAUGACGUGGAUGCGGGGGUCCGCGAGAAGGCCGUCCGGGCUAUCCAGGAGGGCGGCCCCAAGGCCGAGCUUCAGGCCUUCGACGAGCUGAAAUCCAUGAUGCUACGUGACGUGAAUGCGACGGUCCGCGUGGCAGCCGCAGAGGCCACAACAUCUGCCAUCUUGGAGAACGGCAGCGCGGCCGUGCUCACGGCCAUUGGCGAGCUGAAGACCGCUUUAUCAGACACGGAUGCGGAGGUGCGCGUUUAUGCCGUAACGGCUGUCCGCGAGGGUGACAGCGAGGUCGUGCUCCAGGCCGCGGACGAGCUGAAGGUUGCUCUGCGAGAUGCGGAUGCGAGGGUCCGCGGGGGGUCUGCACUGGCCAUCAAGAAAGCAGGCGUCGUGGCCGUGCUCAAUGCCAUGGGCAAUCUGACUGUAUUGCUAAAAGACGCGGUCCCGUCUGUCCGAGAGGGGGCCGUAGUGGCCAUCGGGCGGGGCGGCAAGGCCGUGCUCAAUGUCGUGCCCGAGCUGAAGGGGUUGCUGCGAGACUCGGAUGCGGGGGUACGUGGAGGUGCCGCGUGGGCCGUCGGGCAGGGCGGCUGUAAGGCCGUGCUCCAGGCAGUGAGCGAGCUGAAAGCUCUGCUGCGCGAGCCGAGCCCGUAUAUCCGCGAGAGGGCCGCAUUUGCCAUCAGCCAGGGCUGUCCCGAGGUCAUCCUCCAGGCCGUGGACGAUCUGAAGGCCGCCCUGCACGACGCGGAGCCGAAGGUCCGAACGGGCGCCUUCUGUGGACGCUGC